GCUACUCUGCUUUCUACAGUUACAAUUUUUAUCCUUACGCAAUUUCUCGAGGAGGAGGAAGUCCCUAAACGUCACGUGGUCUUUGACUUCCUUAUGAUUUCCUUCUUUCAGGAAGGGUACGGAAGAUGGCGAUUUCAAAUUUACGAGGAUUCCUCAACAAAAUAGCCGACGACAUAGGAUCUGAAGAUCUAGCUAGUUUAAAGUACCUUUGUGGUGACAAAUUGGCCAAAAGAAGGUUAGAAAAUAUAUCCACACCGAGGGAACUGUUUGUAGCCAUUGGUGAGAUUACCGAAGGCGAAGAGCAGCAGCUCUCUUUUUUAAGACAACUCUUUCAUAACGUUGGGAGAUUGGAUUUAAAGGCUAAAGUUCAACGUUUUCUUGACUCCAGAAAAGCAAAUGAAACCAGGACUGAUGGACAAUAUGCUCUACAGAACAAUUUCAACAACACAAUGAAUGGAAGAGCCUCAUCAGCUGUUUAUUCUGGUACAGGUCGAGGUUCAGUAUCUACGUACCAUCGAAAUGAGAUGCCAGGUCAAAAAAGAGGCUCUGUCUGUGGUUCACCCUAUGUAUCUUUGUCAGACAUCGUUAAUGUUGUGACAGGUGUAGAUCAACAUGCUCAUCAGUAUACUCAGCCAGAUUAUGGAGGUAAUAUUGUUGUGGAACAGCCAAAACCACCACCUGAAGGUCAGCCAAACCCCCUUGUGUACCAAACCCAACACAGUGUCCCAUUUGGUCAACAAGAGCAACCUUCUGAUAAGAUAGAACAUUGUGAAAACUCUCAAGAUCCUGCUGAAUUUCCUCCAAACAAUCAGAGACCAACUGUGGAUCUAGGAUCUCUUAUGACUUUACACUUGGGAAAUUCAACUAUCAGCAGCAAUGCACAACCUGUAGGAGUAAAUGACAAAGAUCAUCCAGAACAAUGGAGCUUAACAGUACAUCCAAAUGAUAUCAAUGUAGGAGUUUCCAGCACCUCAGGGUCAGGUAAAUUGCCAGGCAACAAUUCUGUCCAACUUGGAAGAAGAGAUGAACUAGACAGUCCAAAUCAAGGAGCUUCUGAUAUUCAUUUUGGUGAAACUAAUCCAGGGGAUCACAAAGAACAAGGAAGUUCCACAAUGCAUGUAGCUGAAAAUAGUUUUGGAUCUUCUAACACCUCAGUAUUAGCUAGACCGAGGCCAAGCAGCAAUCAAGCCCAACUUGGAGGAAAGGAUGACAAAGGCAAUCCAAAUCAAGGACUUUCAAGUACAAAUUGUGUUGAAAUUCAUCCAGAUCAAAUCACAGGAAGUUCAUCUUCAGAGAAAGUUCCAGUUGAAAGAGCUGUGUCAGUCAAUUAUGAUACCGAAGUUGCAGCACAUUUACAUCAGAAAUGCCCAGUUGAGAUGAGCUAUAACUGUUUUAAAAAAUAUUUCAGUAGUAAAAACAGUUUACUGGGUAAAGGAGGCUUUGGGAAGGUUUAUGAAGGUACCAAGAAAUUUCAUGGUCAGACUGUUGUCAUCAAAGAAGAGCACCAGACUUACUCUGGACUUCCCCAAGGUGGAGCACAAUUAAAGAGGGAAAAAAAAGUUGGUUAUAUUAAACAUCCCAAUUUGAUGCCCCUUUAUGCUUUUUGUGAGGAGGAAGGCAAACCACGCUGUCUUAUGUAUCCUAAAAUGCACACUGAUUUACAUAAGGCUCUACGAAAGCGCUCAAAAGGCCAAAAAUUACCUUUUGGCAUUAGACUAAAGAUUGCCCUUCAUACUGCCAGGGGACUGCAUUAUUUGCAUACAGAAGUGAAAAACGAGAGAUGUGUAAGGCAGGAAAUUGUACACAUGGAUGUAAAGCCAGGGAAUAUAUUUCUUGAUGAACAGUUUAAUGCACGUCUGGGAGAUGCUGGAAUGGCUCAGGAGUUACCUAUGGAUUACUCUUAUGCAUCUCUCAGUCAGAUUCGUGGAACAACUGGAUACCUUGAUGCAUUUCUUAAAGAAAGACGCUUUAAACCUGUUAAUGACAUUUUCUCAUUUGGAAUAGUGCUCCUGGAACUUCUCACUCAAAAGAGAGCUGUUGAAAACAAUGUGACCUUGUAUGACAAACUUUAUAAAGAAGGAGUGUUUUCAGAUGUAAAAAACUUAAUUGGUUCAGCACAGAAGGAUGUGUGGCCUGAAGGUGGAGAUGAAAAAGGUUUCACUGAAGAAUUCGCUAAUCUUGCAAUAAACUGUGUAAAACCACCAGAGGACAGAGAAAAACUGCCAAAUGUGUGCAAGAGACUAGAGGACUUACUGGACAAGAAAGGAGUCAGUAAAUAUUCCAAAGAAGGAGCCCAUUGUGUUUCUUGUCUACUAAAUCAUUCAUCAAAGUAUUUGGGAGUGAGGUCAAAUGGCUGCAGCACUGUUCAAGAGUGUGACUAUUUUUGUUCUACAUGUUUGAUGCAAGCACGCCGAAACCCUCUGGAAUGUCCAUACCAUGGGCGUGCUGAACCUCCAAUUGGAGGAUCGGAUACAUAUGCAGUUCUAGUUUGUGGAAAUGACCCAGACUCACCAAAGGCAGCUACAAUCUUUCUACAUGAUUUAAUAGCCUUUAAAAGUGUUUUAACUGAUUGCCGCAUUGUUGGAGUUAGGAAAGAUCACAUAUUUACCAUUACACCGAAUACACCAGGAGGUGCAUCACAAUCCAACCUAGUUAAAAAAGUUCUACAAGACCUUAAACAGAAGCUUCAAGGAAAGACGAAUGUGUUUGUUUAUUUUUAUUUUUCUGGUCACAAUGAUCAUAAUGGCAACUUGCUAUGUUCUUCUGAAAAUGAUUGCCUAAUGGAGGAUGAUUUGAAAAAGCACCUAAACCUUCUCAGUCCCCAUGUCCGUGAAUUCUUGAUUAUUUUGGAUUGCUGCUUUGCUGAUGGCAAUAUUGCUUCAGAUCAUCUUAAGGAUGAAACCUAUUUAGUUCAAAAAUCACCUAACCCAGUGAAUGUGGAGGCCCCACCACAUCCUCUUGAGUCACUGUGCAGUAAACUACGAAAGGCAAGUGGCGAUGAGAACUGUUGUGCUACUGACAAGAGUCCUAUUUCAAAUACAGAUUUAGACAUAGCAGCAACUGAUUUUAGUGCUGUGGAUGGGAAUGUGAUCCACAAAGCUCCAGUUACACCAUCUUUUAACAUACGUCAGUGGUCUUCUUCAUCAUCUCAACAAUCUUCCUAUGCUUUGGCCAGAACAGGAAGCUUUCUGACACGCUUCAUAACUUGUGGGUUGCGUGGUGCACAUGAUUGUAAAGUUACAAACUGUAAAUUUUGUGGUGCAUUCAAAGCUCAAGCCAAAUCAUUGGGUUAUAUUACUGCUUCAAACCUGGAGGAUUUCUUCUCAAAGCACGUGGAAGAAGCUGCCGCUAAAGCUGGUGGACAAGGGCAGUGUCCACGCAUACGAACACUUCACUCAAAGGAUACAAUACUGGCUUUUUACAAUGAAGAACCAUUGUGUGAUGAGAUGUUGUUCAAAUCAGCUUCUGGGUAUACAGAGCGAAUUGUAGUUAAGGAGUUCCCUCUUCACCUUUUUGAUUUUCAAUGCAUGGUGUUUGACAAGGUUAAAGAUCACCUCCCCACUUGUGCUGAGGUAAAGCACCUUCAGAUUCUCUGUGAUGAUGAGGAAAUUGGGAGCACAUCUUAUGUAGACCUCAAAGAUUACCUUAGACAGGGGUAUGAUGUCAGAUGUCAGUUAAGGCCAUGUUAUAGUAUUGUAAGAGGUCCAGUGGUUGUUGAGAUCCAAACUUACAUGAAUCAGGUUCUGACUCUUUUGAACUCUCUUCAGUUGUCAAGAAAUGAACAACAGGAUUGUGUUACCUUUGGGAUGAAAACUAGUGAGAAAUCUCUCAAUGCUGAGGAUGUCAGAGAAUGCUGCGAUGAAGACCCCAACCUCAGUGGUCUUAAGGAAAGCUCUGUGGAAAAAUCAAUUGCAGUGAUUCUGACAGAGGCAUCUGUGCACCAAGGAGUGUUAGAAAUAAAGGUUUCAGACCAAAGCAUGGACUGCUGUUUUACUCAGCAGGAUUGAACAGUACACCAUUGAAUGUCAAUAAUUGAAUAUGUUCUGUGGAAGGUUUUGAACAACUGAAGAUUGCACCUAGAUUUGUAUUGAUAACGCUUAGAUUCUUAUAUCUUAUAUCAAUGAUCGGUCUCUAAAUGGGAAGAAUUUUGAAUUUUACUUUACUUAUAAUUCAUUUAGCUGUAGUUAGUGAAGUCUGAAAGUAUGAACAUCAAGAAUUUAAAUGAAAGUUUGACUCUUUGAAAGAUAAGCCUACUCUUGCUGCAGCAUGUUUUCUAAAAAUAUUUAAUGGUCGAGUUAAUUAUUUCAUCAGUGUAAAAAUAUUUGGAAAUAACAAAUUAUAAAUGAUAUUGUAAUGCAUGCUGUAAUAAUUGAUAAGUUACACUUCCAAUAAUUGGCUUAUGGCUGUGUUAUAUUUUUUUUUAGAAAACUUGAGUUUAUUUCUUUGCCAAGGCUUGAACUACAAAGAAAUUCAGUGGAUCCCUUUCAGCAUGUUUCACUUGUCCAGUCAAAGCUCCCACUAGCCAUUAUCUUUUGAAAGCAAAAAAAUUGUGUGCAAUUUACAAUCACAGGUAAUGAUCCUUCAGGGUGGACUGAGUGGAAGUGUGAAAAUCCAAUCUGGAACCAAAACAACAAUAACACUGCAUUUAUGCAAGGGUCUGCAUUUACUUAAAGAAUUCUCUCUUUGCAUUAAAAGAGUUUUCAGGGUAUUUAGUAGACAUGUGAGAUUGAUGAAUUCUGGGUCCACAACACAGAAAAUAUUUUUAUUAAUAAUUCAGAUGUAGAGCCUUUAUCUGGCAUAUUUUAUAAAUACUUUGCAUCAUUUUCCAGAAAAGAAAUACCCAAAAAAUUGACAGAUAAUCUUUGCAAGGUUUGCAACUGUUAUUUAGUUUCAAUAAAAGUAUUACCUUAGUGCA